AUGGAGAGCAGACUGCAGGGCCUGGCCCGGCAGAGCUGGGCGGCGGCCGUGGAGCUUUGGGCCGCAGAUCGCGGAUCGGAAACGGUGUGGGGCGCCUCCUCCGCCUCCGUUCUCUUGGCUGCCUGCGGAAGAGCGCAGGCCUGGCGCGUGGCCUUGGCGCUGCUCGGAAAGGUGCAGCAAUGCCAAUUGCAGCCCACGCUGCGAAGCUUCAACGCCACCAUGGCCGCUGUUGCACGCGCCGAGCAGCUGCAGCAGGCCCAAGUCCUUCUUUCAACGCUCCGCCGUGCUCGCGCAGUGCCGGCGGCAAGUGUCCAGGCACUGCUGGGCGUUGCUGUGGCAACUUCGCGCUGGCAGUGGUCCCUGCGUCUCCUCCGCUCUGCCCGCGAUGCCCCGGCCUUGUCAGCGGCCGCGGCCGCUUGCGGCAGGCGGCGGCAGUGGCAGCGGAGCCUGGCUCUCUUUCAGGAGGCCUGCGCGCGGCGUCUGCCCUGGGAUGCCGGCCUUUUGCAGGCCGUGCUGAGUGCCUUGGCAGAGGCCAAGCAAUGGGAGCGAGCGAUGAGUCUGCUGAGAUACCAGGAGGCUCCAGACCUGGCUGCUUGCAAUGCCGCGCUCAGGGCGUGCCCAGAUUGGCAGCUCUCCCUGCUGAUGCUCCACGACUUUCGUCAUUCAGGCCUUGCCCCCGAUGAGUUCAGCUUUGCCUCCGCGCUCAGCGCCGCUUCUCAACGCAGCGCCUGGGAGGCGGCGCUGGCGCUGAGACACGAGAUGGUGUUGGACUCCGUUAGAGCUGAUGCAGUGGUCGGAGGUGCAUUGUUGCUGGCCUUGCGCAGGGGUCUUCGUUGGCAGGCAGCGCUGACUCUGAGUCCUCGUGGAACGCUGCAGGUGGUCGAAGCCACAGAGGCAUGUUUUGGAGCUCAACAGCCCGCAGCCUUUCUAUUUGGGGAGCUGCAGCGGAGGCAGUUGGCCUUGUGGCGCCCGCGCAGCCUCCUCGGCGGUCGAAGCGCUGGCAUUGGCGAGGCAUCCGUACUCCACGAGCUACUGCGGUCGCUCCAUGGCGGAUUUGCUCAGGCCUUUGCCCGCCGCGUUGCAGUGGCAAUGCCGGUGGAGCUUGGUGUCUUUCCACCCCUGAGCGCCAAGGAUGAGGCGGAGCUCCAAGACCAUGGGGAAGGGGUGAAGCCUCCUCGCCGCGUUGCCGCUGGUGGUGCCGUUCCCAGAGCAAGGACCCUGAUGGUGUGGCUUUCAUUCCGCCUGUCACUUCAGCGCCGCGCUGGAGCGGACAUCCUGCUUUGCAAUGAGUCCGCGGACGAGUGGAUCGCUGCACGUGCCGAACAAAAUUGUGAGUGGAUUCCGCCUUUCGUGGCAGCAUCGCCAACCGAGGGCCUGCCGCUGCAAACUCCAGAUGUCUGUCACUUUCUUCGAGCCGACCUCAACGCCGUGCCAGCUCUGCCUCAGCGAACUGAGGAGGUCCGUCCGGGCCGCGGCUGCGGGCAUAGCCCGGUGCACUCUAGAGGCCGGUGUGACAACUUCAUGGUUACCAUGCCUCGGCAGGACCCUCAAAGGAUGACGUCGCCUGAGACAUCUCCCAUUCGCCACAAUCUCAAUGACAGUGCGUUUCACUUGCUUCUUUUAGCAAACACGGCGAUGGCCGAGAGCUGCGAAUCGGGCGGCUCGGAGGGAGGGGAAGACGUCGUUGCACGAGCCUCCAAGCGCCCGCGAACUGGAGGUCGAGCCCGGCAGAGCCGCGGCGUGUCGGCGGGCACGGGCUCCGUGUGCAAGCUCUUCGUGAAGAGGGUCCCAUGCAACUUUGCUGACCCGUGGCGCAAGCACAGCCAGAGUGCCUCUACGGGCACAGGCUUCCUCCUUGAUGGCAGGUUCGUGAUUACCAAUGCGCAUGUGGUGCAUCGCGCUGUCUCGGUGCUCGUCCGUGCGACGGUCGGGCCACCAGUGAAGUGGAAUGCAAGGGUGUUGGCUGUUGGUCUGCCAUGUGAUUUGGCAAUUCUGGCCGUGGAGGAUGAGUUCUGGAAGGGCAAGGAGUCUUUGACGUUGUCGCGAGACAUCCCGAAGCUGGACGACAAUGUGACGUGCAUUGGCUUUCCUGUGGGCGGAGAGAACAUCUCUGUUACCCGCGGUGUGGUGUCGCGUAUCGAUGUCCACCAUGACGGCCUGCUGCGAGUCCAAAUCGAUGCAGCAAUCAACCCAGGCAACUCUGGCGGCCCCGUUCUGGGAAGUCACGGCAAGAUCGUGGGUGUGGCGGCGAGCCAUCUAAAGCAUGCCCAUGGCUCAGGCUUAAGCUCCUUUUUCGCGUUCUUUGGUGCCAUCAAGAGUGCGGGCUUGACCAGAGGCUGGUUUUGCUCUGGUUGCAGCUGUUCUUGCCAGCCCACCUUUGCCCUUGUAUGUAAAAUAAGACAAUAA